GUGUAUUUGAAACUCGCUAGGGGUCGCAGGGUUGUUACACGUUUUAGCACAAACGUUUGAUAGUCAAAGUGUACACUGUUGGCUCAUACAUUACAACAUGUAUGUGGUGGUUUAAUGGCGUUGUUUCAUACUGCUUGGGUAAUUUCUUCGUAAAAAAGAUAUUUCUUUGGAGCCUAUUAUUUAUGAAUUGUACAGACUAUUGCAGAUGACUAUUUUAAGUAAACGGGUUUAAUUUAUCUCAGAUAAAAUGUCGAGCCAUCAAAGCAUGCUGCCCCAGUUUUUGUUCAUCAGCAACCUCUUAAAAGCUGUCAAGAUAAGGGAAAGAGUCCCAAAUGAUGUUGUUAAGCCUUCCACUACCAACGGGAUCAUUCCUCACCUUAGGAGCAUGCACAGGUGUACUUUGGAACUGUUCCGGAUGAGCCAGUUCCCUCAGCAGUUCAGGGAAGUCAUUCAGACUGCGCUCUUGGAUCGGGCUAUGCAAAGCUCUCUGGAGCGGGCGAAAAAACUGAACUGGUGCAGAGAGGUCAAGGAGCUGGUUCCACUCCGGACCAAUGGUGAUGGGAACUGUCUACUUCAUGCCACUUUGCAGUACAUGCUCGGGGUCCAAGACACAGACCUCGUCCUUCGGAAAGCACUUUAUAGCGCUCUGAAAGAAACAGACACACGUAACUUUAAAAUACGUUUUCAGGCUGAGUCUCUGCAGUCACAAGAGUUUAUACAAACAGGCCUCCACUACAACACAAUGAAUUGGGAGGAAGAAUGGGAAAAGCUAGUUGAAAUGGCAUCACCAGCAUCAAGCCACAAUGGUCUACAGUACCAUUCCCUGGAGGAUAUUCAUAUAUUUGUUCUGGCCAACAUCAUUCGGAGACCAGUCAUUGUAAUUGCAGAUCAGAUGUUGAGAAGCAUGAAGUCUGGCUCAACCUUUUCUCCCCUGAACGUUGGAGGAAUUUACUUGCCAUUGCACUGGCCGCCCAGACAAUGUUACAAAUAUCCCAUAGUCCUUGGCUAUGACUCACAACAUUUUACACCUCUUAUCACUAUUAAAGACAGUGGACCAGAACUCCGCGCUGUACCAUUAGCAUGCCAAGAAAAAGGCAAAUUUGAAGAUUUAAAAAUCCACUUUCUGAAUCAGUCCGAACAGCAUGAGAAAGACAAACUACUAAAUGACUACAUGAUGUUGAUUGAAAUACCAGUCCAAGGAUCUGGUUAUGAUACAACAACUCACAUUAUCAAGGCUGCAAGACUCGAUGAAGGUAACUUGCCAGAGGAUGUGAACCUAAUGUAUGAUUACCUCCAUGUUGUCGACCACGAAUACAAGCAGUGGCAGGACAGUUCAGAACAUGGCAGACAGCCCUGCUACAGAGACCCACAGGACUUCUCCAUGUCCCAGCUCUCCCUCAUCGAAAUUAAAUGCAACACAAGCAGGUGUCCAUACUACAUUUCCAUGGACACUAGGCCUUACUGCCAUGAGUGCUUUGAACGGAGGAUGUCAAAUGGGAAGCCAGAAAUCAAACCCAGAAGUCAGAAUCCCCAGGCUGGAACAGAGUCUCAGAAAGGGAACAGACCUGGCUCUUCAAAGGUCGUCAGUUUUGUUCCCACUGGACUUACUAAUGAGACUUCACUGUCCUGUUCUCGAGAGGCUCCUCCAAUGACCCAGAGUGUUUACUUCUUUAGUGAAAUGCAUGCAAUGAAGUGUAAGACCCCAGAGUGUCUAUUCACAUUAAAUGCGCAGCACAAUGGACUUUGUGAGCGCUGCUUUGUGGCCAGGCAGUCCAGUCAAGUCCCUAACCAGGAGGAGCCUGUCAUUCCUUAUGUCCUACCACCAAUGGAUUGGACUGGGAAAGGUGGUGGUGAAGAGGGAACACGGUGCAACCUCUGCCAGCUGGAUGUCAACCGGACUUUCAAUGGCAUGUGUGCAUUGUGUAUGGAAAGGCAUGGCAAUGAGAGGUCAAUUAGUUUACAUCACCAAAGAUCCAGGUUAGACCCUAGUCAAGCAGCAAGGGGACGGCCUCAGCAGUCUGGAACGUGGGUCUCGACCACUGGCCGUGAAGACUUUGGUUUCCCAGCACAAAGCCCUGUAGCACCAAAGUGCAAAAAAUCAGGUUGCAAGUAUUAUGGGACAGUGAAAACCCUUGGGUUCUGCUCCAUGUGUUUUACCCAAUAUCAAGUAAACCAUGAAAGUGAAGCCGUGCUGUCUCCCCGAAGGAAACCUCCUUUUGCCACUUCUUCGUCUGGAUACCCCUGCGCUGCUGCUGCUGCUGCUGCUUUCCAGAACACCUCCCGCUGCCUGGACCAGCUUUGCACCAACCUGGGCAACUCCAUGUUUGAAGGAUACUGCCAGAAGUGCUUUCUGAAUGAGCAGGGACUACGAUUAAAUGAAGGAAGACGGGCAGAAGAUACAUCUUCUCCUUUACUUGAGAGAUCAGCCCCUCAAAGGCAGGCACACAACCGCCUAAGUCCACAGUGGUUAAAAUGUGCCAGGAACAGUUGCAACAACAUUGUAUCAAGCUGGGGGGAGCCGUGUGCAGAGUGCCAGCGGAGUGGCACAAGGGCUAGAGGAUUGGCAGCAGGAGAGGCACCAAAACAACGCUGUAGGGCCCAAGGUUGUGACCACUACUCCAACCAGGACAAAGAUGGUUACUGCAAUGAGUGUGACCUGUUCCGACAGAUUUAUAGGGAGUAACUGAAAGUGAUGCAUGAAAGAUUUGGGAUGCUGGUGCUGAUAAAAUUUUUUUUUUUAAAAACACAUCACUUGACAUGAAGUGUUUAUGACUUAAUCACACCACAGAGCCAGGUCCAGAGCUACCACAAUCAGCCAAACUUGUACUCCACUCACUCAGUCUAUAAAUGGCAGCCUAUAUUUAAGCACUUUUUAAAAAAGACUAAGAAUUAUGUCUAGGGAAGAGCUGAUCAAGCAAUUCUACACAAAACGUCAAUAAGCUGUUAUGUUAAUGUAAGUAGUGUAUAAAUAUAAAUGAAAAGGCUGUAAUCUAUCAUUAAACAAUGUCAUAUACCUCCAAGUACGGCUGCUUACACAGUUCCUGUGUGCCUAAAGAUGGACUGGUUUCAUAAAGUAUGCACCAGGCCUGAGAAAUUAAGAAUUGUGUGUUAUCUGACAAUUGAACUUUUUUUUUUGUAAUUUUCAAAAACCUUUCAGUUGAUUAUAGCUACUUCUGCUUGUUUUUGCAAAUGUAUUUAUGAAUCUGAAAAUUAUUUUAUCUGAAUAUAUGUUAUAUAGUAACUAAUUUAUGUUUUACAUAAUAUGCAAUAAAUUAUUUUACAUAAUUCUGAUAACAUGGCUGUUAUUUUUAUGCUAAAUGGAUAAUGUUUACUGAAUUUUGAUGCAUUUAUUUGUAAAGGUUUUUUAAAAAGCACCAUGUCAUUCAGAUUAAAAUUGUAUUAAUUUAAGUAACAGAUAUUUAGGUACCAUUACUUUGUAUUAUAUUUAAUUCACUGUCUUUAAAGAGUAAGUAGCGGGUUUCUGAAAAAUGUAGUGUAUACGUACUAAAGUGUUGCUACAACUGUUUAAAUAAUGUACCUGUAAUUUGUUGACAUCCUGACAUCUUUUUACACUUUA